UGAAUGGUGGUCUUGCUAUUCCUGAGUGUGUACUCGUAGAUAUCAAAUAAGCGGGCGGAAGGAAAAGUAGUCACUAGCACCCGCCACCAGGGACCUAAAAGUCCCUAAUGACAUCAUCGGCGGCGGAAGCCAAAACAACAAAAAAUUCAAGACCAAACCCUCACCCUCCACCACCACAAGCACUCCCUCCACAAACCCAACAAUGGCAACCCCCGCCGCACCCACCGACACCGCCCCAGCCACAGGCGCCACAACUACUACACCCAAACAGCACCCCACGCCCACCGCGCUCCGCGCCGCCCGCACAAACCUCGCCUACCUCAUCGACCCCUCCAGCAACGCGGGCCCCUCGCGCCGCCGCACGCGCGCCCUCCUCCGCAGCCUCCGCUACACCGCCAUCUUCGUCUUCUGGCGGCUGCUGCGAUACGCGAAAUACGCGCUCGUGGGCGCCGCGACGGCCGCGGUGGCGGGCACGGCCAUCGGCAGCGUGGUCAGCGGGGCGGCGUUUGUGGUUGCGCCGACGGGGAUCCUGGGCGGUGGCGCCGUCGGCUUGUUGUGGGGGCUUGGGAGGGUCGGGUGGCGCGUUUUGGCGAGGAGAGCGAGGACGGGCGAUGCGAGGGUGGAUGAGAAGGCUGGGGCGGGGGAGACGGGGUGGGGCGAGAGGAGGAGGAAGGCGGAGGAGAGGGAGGAGAGGGGGUUUAGGGAGGAUGCGUGGUAGGAGGAUGCUUGGUGAGAGGAUGCACCCACGCUCGCCCACCACCCUUGUACAACGCAGCCACACGGCAUAUCCGAUUCGACCACGUCCACGCUGGCAAGGCUGAAUCCCCAGCCGUACCCGCUGUAU